ACAACUUGGCUCUUCUGAAUAGCCGAAACGAAUAAAUAGAUGCUUAAACUCGAGGUUAUUACGGAGUAUAUAGAUUACUGUAUUCAUUUCUUAAUACCAUCAUUUAAAUAACAAGCAUUUGUGGAAAUAACCCAUUUUUUAUUGAGGGGAAAAAACAGUAACUCAGUUCGAAAAAUAAACAGAAAUACGAUUGUUUAUUUGAACGUCAUAAAAAUUUGUUCAAAAGAAUGGUACGAGAGAGGGAACAUUUGAGUUUUACAUCUUUGAAUUUUAGUGUAGCAGUUUAUUUUCGAAGUUUAUCUUGACUGUCAGAUGUCAUUACAUCUUGUAAUAUAUAUAGAACUCACCUAACUCAAAUUAAGAUAGGUAUGCAUAACUAUUCAUAAAUUUCUCCUCUGAAAGCUUUCAAAUAAGUAUUCGUAUUUUAAUUUAAUUUUCGAAAUUAGUUACUUUUUUGUAAAUAGGAAAUAUGUUCAGCAGCGCUGCAUUUAUAAUUAACUAAAUGUUGGAGUUACUUAAUGAAAACAAUAAUCUUUAACAAUAACCUACAUUGAAGUAUCUACAUAUUCGUUUCGACCAUUUAUGAGAGCCAAGUUAUUUUUGUACAUUCUGUAUUACUGCUCGUUUCAUUUGAUUAGACUUCUGACUACUUCAGUACAUCUCAUUAUUUCACCUAACUUCAUUACUAUGUUAUCAGACGAUAAUGAGAAAAGAUACUUCAUUGAAGAAUAUCAACGUAAUUAUCAACUCUACAUGACUAAAAAUAACUUUAUCAAGCUAAUGUCUGUCUGUUUUUACAAGUUGAAUUAAAAUGAAGUAUUUGUUUGAAUGCGAUUAUAGGCAAGAGUUGCCACAUAAAUGUUAACUGGAAGAUUUACCCUGAAGCUUUAACUGUCUUAUUUGAAAGGACUUUGAUAUCUGGAUAUAUCUUAACUGAAACUAAUUUAAUGAUCUUUAGCUGCUGAUUAUUAAGUACAAGAUACCAUCCUAAUAAAUCAACUUGAAAGUCUUUCUGAAAGAACAAAAUAUCAGCUAACUUUAACUAAGUCCACCAUACAAGAAAAUAUAGAUUAAGAAAAUUAUGGAUGAGAAAACAGAGUUUAAAAAUGAUGAUUCUUCAAAUCAGACACAGGAAAAUACAGAAGUGAAUUUGUAUGCUUGUGAUAUAUGCGAGAAGUUAUUCACUACAAGUAAUUUAUUAUCUUCCCAUAAAUGUAUUCACACAGGUAAAAAACAGUAUCACUGUGAUGUCUGUGGUAGGGCAUUCUCUCAGAGUGGCAGUUUAAAUUCCCACAGGCGUACUCACACGGGAGAAAAACCAUAUCACUGUGAUGUCUGUGGUAAAAAUUUUACUCGGAAGGAUAAUUUAACUACCCACAGACGUAUUCAUACAGGGGAGAAGCCAUACCAUUGUAGUGAGUGCGGUAAAGCAUUUUCUGAGCUUGGUAAUUUAGUUUGCCAUAAACGUAUUCAUACAGGAGAGAAACCAUACCACUGUGAUGUCUGUGGUAAAGGAUUUGCUGAACCUGGUAAUUUAGUUACCCACAAACGUGUUCACACAGGAGAGAAACCAUAUCAUUGUGAUAUCUGUGGUAAAUCAUAUUCUGGACGUUCUAAUUUAUCUACCCACAAACGUAUUCACACGGGAGUGAAGCCAUACAAAUGUGAUAUCUGUGAUGAAACAUUUUCUUCAAGAGGUCGUUUGUCUUGCCACAUACGCAUUCACACAGGAGAACGUCCAUACCAUUGUGAUAUCUGUGAUAAAACAUUCUCUCAAAGCGGUCAUUUCUCUCGACACAAACGUAUUCAUACAGGAGAGACCCCAUAUCACUGUGAUAUCUGUGGUAAAACAUUCUCUGAAAGUGGUCAUUUUUCUCGACACAAACGUAUUCACACAGGAGAAAAACCAUACCAAUGCGAUAUCUGUAGUGAGACAUUUUCUAGAAGUGAUAAUUUAACUCAACACAAACGUAUUCACACAGACGAGAAACCAUAUCAUUGUGAUGUCUGUGGCAAAACAUUCUCUGAGACUGGUAAUUUAGCUUCCCACAAAUGUAUUCAAACAGGAAAGAAACCAUACCACUGUGAUACCUGUGGUAAAACAUUUUCUCGAAGUGCUGACUUGUCUACCCACAAACGUAUUCAUACAGUAGAGAAAACAUAUGAAUGUGAUAUCUGUGAGCAAACAUUUUCUACCAUGGGUCUUUUAUCAUGCCACUUGCGUAUCCACACAGGAUUUAAGCCAUACCACUGUGAUAUCUGUGAUAAAACGUUCUCUCAAAGUGGUCAUUUCUCUCGACACAAACGUAUUCACACAGGAGAAAGGCCUUACCACUGUGAUAUAUGUAGUGAAACAUUUGCUAGAAGGGAUAAUUUAACUAAACACAAACGUAUCCACACAGAAGAGAAACCUUAGCUAUGGGAUAUCUGCUGUCAAAUAUUUUUUGUACAAAUGGAAAUUUGUUUUAUGAAUUGGAUUUUACCAAUGCAACAUCAUCACUUUUAACUAUUCAUUAUUCUAUGCUGACAGUCUUUCUGAUAUCCUAUUACACAUAUUCUUUGCACUGAGUAUUUAGCUAACCAAACAUUUCAUUCUACUACAGUUUGCCUGCAGAUCUAGAGCAUCUGUAGUACAAGACCUCCUUUAGCAUGCCAGAAGAUUCCUACAUCCUUGGUCAACCUUUCUUUGUAUACCAUAUUAAACUUCUGCCUGUGUCUUACUGUCAUUUCCUAAUUUGUGCAGGAUGUUUUUACUUUUUGUUAUAAAAGCAUUAUAUAGAAUAACAAAUAUAGUAAUUUGUUUAUAACUGAAAAUAUGUCUUCCAGUUAUAUCGUGAAAAAUAUAUCACUUGUUCUGUCUUAACACAAACUAUGUUAUUUGAGCUAAUAUUACUUAUACUAACUUUAAUAAAAAAAAAAUCUCACCUAUUUUACUAGAUUUUGUCAUUUACCUCUAUUGUAUUCUUUUUUUCUGUAUCUUUGGUAUAAUUGAUGAUACAGUACAUUAUGGAAUAAAUCACUCUGCACUAUCUAAUUAACUGUGUAUCUAACAGAGCAAUACUAAAUCUUGAUGCUUUCUGUUAUCCCUGAUAGACCUGCUAUUUUUCUUACCUUCAUUAUUUUAUUAGGCUUAUUUCUAACACUGAGGCCAAACUUGACCGCUGGGCCAUUUAUUGAUUCCACUUGGAGUAGUUUCUCAUCAUCCAACUCUUCUCUUUCAACUACCACACAUAACACUUCCAUUCCUCUUUCUUGUCACUGUUAUUGA